AUGCUUGAGCCACUCGCAAUCGACGCUACUGGCGAAACCGUGUCGGAGCAACGCUGUCACACGUCAUGCUCCUGCGUGGAACAUGACUCCCGUAACUCGCGCUCUGGCCGGUGCUUCUGGGUAGGCGCCGACUUGGUUCUGCCCUACGCCUUCGGCAUCCUGGGCAUCGCCACCUCCGCAGUAUUCGUGGUCUUCCUGUUCCUCCACAUGCUGGCCCGCAUGAAAGCACCGGCGCUGCUCAUCGCGCACGCCCGCGCCUCGCACUUCGACCUUGUCGCUCAGCACUUCGACAUCCGCCUCGAGACCGACCUGUCGUCCACCUUCUCCGGCCACCUGAACCUCCACGUAACCUGUCACCACGCGAGCCAUCUUGUCGCGCUUGUUUCUAGAAACCUGACGAUCAGCGAAGUAAGCGUGCGACCACGCGCGGGUUACGUCAGGGAAUCAGAGGUGGCCGUGCCGGUUGGUUCGCAAGCGCCUUUCACCACAUUCAAGCUCAACUGGGAUCUCGUGCCUUCAGCUGAUUACCUCUUGUCCGCACACUUCUCCGGAGGGCUUCACCACGGGGAUCAUCGGAGGUGGCCGCCCGGGAUGUACCGCGAAGUUGGCGACUCGUACACGACGGUGACCUCCUACGUCGACCAGUUGCACGUUGCCGCUUUCUUCCCGACAGUACAGAGCUCUUUGCUGAAGUCAACCUUUAGCUUGUCCGUGCUUAAGCCAAACGCGAGUGUCGCUGUGCUCUCGAGCUGGGAUCUAUUGAGGGACGCCCAAGGGCAAGACGGUCAGACUUACUGCGUCUUCCAGAAGACGCCUCCGAUCUCACUCCAUCAGGUCGCCGUAGCCGUCACCACCCUGCCCAAGAUAACAGACGGCUUCACCACGCUACACGCUCACGCGGUAAACAUGCCACGGCUUCAGCACUUGCUCGAGUUCUGCACUAGCGUCGUUGAAAUGGCGGCGGAGGCCACCGGAAUAUCUUUUCCGAACAAGGCACUGGACGUGCUGGCUCUCCACAGGUUUCCCCGCGCUUGCCACUCCACCUGGAAACUCGUCGUAGUCAGGACCGGAACGUUCAGGGCGAAGGCCACCGGGCACACCAACCUGGGCCGGCCUUACUUGCGCUUGACCAUAGAACUACUGAGCACGUGGUUCGGGAACAUGGUUACCGUAGGGAUGUGGCUAGACAGAGGCCUAGCCGUCCUUUAUGCCAUCAAAGUUCUUAAGCUGGCCAAACCUCAGUGGCUCCUGGACGACAUACUUCACCUUUAUCGAUUCGUUGCGCUGUCCAGCGUCGACCUCGGCCCGACGCAUGAGAAAGUAUUGUACGACUACGAGGUGCCGAUCGCAGCUGUCUCCCUCCUGGCCAUGUUUCGUUCCGCUGUCGGCCAGGACCACUUCAAAACGGCCACUACCAAUUUCCUUAAGAAGGCACAGCGUGAUGACGUUGCUGAGCAAGACUUCUGGGACAGCCUCAAGGCUUCAAGUUCGACAGAAGCUAUGGCUAAUUACACGUCCGUCUGGAGACAACACUCGGGUUACCCGCUCCUUAAGGUCGUCCGAGAAGACGCCGAGACAGUUCACGUCGUGCAGGAGCCGUUCUGCGGAUUGAACUGCCCCAAUUCCAGGAGUCGCGCCGGCACAGCCGACCAGCAGCGGUCAUCACCAGCAACAACAUGGCCAAUACCUAUUACGCUUGUCUACGCUAGCGAACCUCAAAAAUUUGACGUGACAGCCGUUGUGUGGAUGGUUACUCCCGAGAUGACGUUGAAAGCUCCCAACGCUCACUUCGACGACUGGGUGCUGCUGAAUGCAGGCAACGAGGGUCUCUACAGAGUCGACUACGAGGAUUCCAACUGGAGCAAUCUCAUUCGUCAACUGCGGAACGACAGCUCAGUCAUCCCCGCAGCGAACAGGGCGCAGAUUAUCGAUAACCUGUUUCAUCUGGCUCUCGCCGGUUACAGGACCUUCCAGAUGUUCUUCGCAUCGCUGGUCUACCUGGAGAAAGAACGCGAGACGCUUCCGUGGACGCACUUCGUGCGGCUCGCGCGGGCUCUGCCGCACGCGGCGGUCGCGAAUAACCGCACCGCGUGGUCCGCGUUGAACCGGCGCAUCUGCAAGGGGAUCGUGUCGGACCUUGGCUCGGCCGCCAAUGAGCCGGCCAUGCCGCUUGCCAGGAGCGACUUCAAGUACGACGUGCUGCAGUACUGCUGCCAGUUUGGCCACGAGAAGUGUCCCGCACUCUUCUUCAUGCGCCGUCACAACCCUUAUCAAAAGACGGACGACGGCGGCGUCUUCCUCGAGCGUCCGUGA